AUGAGCAAUGAUGUCGAUCCCAAACAGACUGCCGCAACCUUACAGAUGGCAGCUUACAUGGAAUCCACAGGCGACUACAAAAACGCGCUGGACUUUUACCGAAAAGCACUUUCCAUGCUCUUCCAGACGGUCGGCCAGAAACAUCCAACCGUGGCCGAAACCUAUGAAAAAGUUGCAACCAUACUCGAGAAGGUGGGAAACAAGGAGGGUGAGAAAACAGCAAGGAAGAAAGCGAGCGAUAUAUAUCAAGAACUCUUCACUGUACUCUUCAAGCAAGGGAAGACGGAUGAAGCCUAUCAAAUGUACAACAAGUCCAAAGGAAUCAACUUGGAACCAUCCUUGCUGAAACGAUCGUCACUGACGAGCUCCAGAACCAUCUUCAGCUCAGCAAGUAGUCGGUCUUCUGAGCUUCGAGCUGAAACUAUUAGCUUCCUCGAUACGUUGCGAGGAUACUUGGAUUGUCGACAACAAAUGGACGCAAAGUACCAAGAAGUGGACGAGGAUAAUCGCUUGGCAAACUUUAAACUCAAAACGGAUUCCGGGGGGAUACAAUUGCCUGACAAGGAAGACCAAUAUAAGGAAGUUUAUCAGCAACAGUCAGUUCACGGAGUAGCUGUCAAGACAAUUGAUGAGCUCUACGCCGCGGCAGAGGUAGCUCAACCAAUAUAUGAGAAGACAAUCAAACGAUUGAUAUCCAAGGUUUGCGACGAUUGCGGGACAAGUCUCAACAAAGUUGGAAUGCGCUUUGCUGAUUUGAAGCAACAAGAACGUGCUCUAGAAAAAGCUGAAGAUGAUUAUGGUAGAAGGCGUCCUGGACCUGCGGUGUCUUGGUUAUAUGAUAUCGUCCGAGGAAGCGUGGAGUUUCGAUCUGCCAAAGAAAUCGAGCGAUUUGUCCACAAUCUGCGCAAGAAGAAAACUAUUCAUAUUGUAAAGGCGAAGAAUCGUUUUGAGAGACCUAGUCUGACUGGAUACCGCGAUAUGUGUAUACAUAUUCAGCUUGAUACGAAGAAGGGUUUCCAUCACAUCUGCGAGGUGCAGCUUCACCACAAAGAGAUGAUUGAGCUUGAAAAGGAGAUUGGAUCUCAUGAGUUCUACGAGUUCUUUCGAUCAUACUUUGCUGGCGCGACGGGAAGUCUAAGGGAACGUCUGGACGACUUGCAGUUGAUCAGUGAAGGUAGAUUUGUUGACGACUCGUUCCUGGCCAACUUGCUCGCAGAGUGUCGGGACGUGGAUCGUCUCGAAAGAUUGGGGAAAUUAUUCGCAAAGCAGCUGUGCGAGUACGACAAUGCAAUUCAAAUCUAUCAAAGAAUAGCACAAUUGGAGUCCUCGCGGCUUGGUUCUAAGCAUCCGAUGAUGGCAGGCAUCUACAGCACUAUCGCCGAUAUAUUACAAGAGAAAGGAAGUAUGAAUGAAGCUCUUGUCAUGUAUGAGGAGUCCAUACAGCUUUUCGCCAGUUCCAUCGGAGUGACACAUCCUGCAAUAGCAGCAAUGUACAAUAAUUGUGCAGGUGUCCUGGAACAAGUCGAUAGGUAUGAUGAGGCAUAUGAAAUGUACAAAAAGGCAUCCACUAUAUUCCAAGAGCGACUUGGAGAAAAGCAUCCAUCUUUAGCCAGGAUCUACCAUAACAUGUCCGGUAUCCUGCAAGAUCAGGGCAAAAUAGAUGCGGCCAUGGACCUUCUUCAGAAAUCAUUGAAUAUCAAAUUGGAGGCAUUCGAUGACACCCAUGAAUCAGUUGCAAAUUCUUACGAUAGCAUCGGUCAUGUCCUUGUGCGUCAAGAUAAAUUGGAGGAGGCAACGGAACACUAUGAAAAAGCUCUUGAGAUAUUCAGGCGAACUGUUGGACCAGCGCAUUCGUUUGUCGCGACGGUGUCCCAUAACAAGGGCGAGCUCUUGCAUCGGCAGGGAAAACUAGACGAAGCGUUGGAAAUGUUCAACACGGCAUUACAAAUUAAGACAAAAAAUUACGGAGAGGAGAGCUCUGCUGUCGCCGGCACCUACGAUUCGAAGGCGUCAACUCUCGUGGACAAUAAUAUGCACGAUGAUGCUAUAGACUUGUGCAACCGAGCCUUGGCCAUCAAGAAGAAUACUGUCGGUGAAAAUCAUUCAUCCAUUGCCCACAUCUACAUUACUCUUGGAAACAUACUGUUAUCACAGGGCAAGUUCGAGGGAGCGAUGGACAUGCAAUCGAAAGCCUUUAGAAUUGUUACGAAAGUCUUCGGUAACGAACAUUAUUCAAUCGUCGAUAUAUACAGCAAUAUGGUUAUGAUUCUGAUCGAGCGAGAGAAUCUUGAAGAAGCAAUAUCAAAAGCACAACAAGGGCUUAGUCUUGCAACGAAGCUUUUCGGUGGAGACAAUACAGAAACGGCCUCGGCUCAGAGCAAUCUUGGUGAUGUACAAAGAAGCCAAGGGAAGGCCCAAUCAGCGAUGGAAGCAUACGAAGAGGCAAUGCGAAUCGACAAACGCGUUUUUGGCGAUAAUCAUAUUCGUGUUUCGAUCGGAUACCGAAAAAUCGCAAACGCUUUGGUGGAUCUAGGGGAUAAGAAACGAGCUAUCAAAAACUUCAAUCGCUCAUUGGAUUGGCACGAGACGAGGUCUGGAGACUAUGCAUACUCCCACGUCGAUGUACUAUAUGAUAUUGGCCGGCUGCAUGUGCAUCUCAAAAAGUUUGAUAAAGCAAUGGAUUAUUUCCAACGCGCCUUCGACAUUUGUGUCGAAGCUGAAUGCGAGGAUCACUACAUUGCUGCGAAAGUACUCGCGGGGAUUGCAUGGGCACAGAAAAGUGAGGGAGCCGAUUUGGAUAAAUCAAUGAAUUCAUAUCGAACGGCAGAAGACAUUCUCAAAGCCACUAUUGGAGACGAUCACAUCGUCCUCGGAAUUGUCUAUAAUGGCAUCGGGGAAGUACUGGCAUGUCAAGGGCAAUUUGAGACUAUCUGA